UCUCUUUUAUGGAAAGGAGAAAAGUCACUUUGAGUUACAAGACCCUUCUGGAAGUCACCCCGUCCUUCGAGUCUCAAAAAAUCUCUUUGAAGAGCAGGGCACAAGGGGCACUUUGGAGCCUCACCAAUCGACUGUUGAUAAAGUUUCUUCGGUCCUUCAGACCUCCUCCCACUCUGCAAUCGACUCUGACUAGAAUAUGAGUGAUUCAGAUGAUGAUCUUGAGGAGUCUUCAGAGGGAGGAGAUCUCAUGGAGACGGAAGACUCGAUGACGUUGGUACAAUAUCAAAACAGUCAUCGGAAGGAGACGCUGGCGCGUAAAAGCAUUCAAAUACAGAUGAACUCCCACAAGAAGGAGAGGGUGGUAACUGGAGGAGAAGAACAUUGAGUUCUUGUUCUUCUUUUUGGUUUCCUAUUUCUUUUCGGGUAGUAUCAAGUCUUGAUACCACCUCUAGAAUCUCAUACCUUAUGAAGAAGCUCAAACCGGUCCUGAUCUGUUUAGUUGAAACCAGAGCGAAUGAUGAUUGGCUUUAAAGAUUUUGUGCUAUACUUAAAGAUCAAUGGAAGUGGGUAGCAAUCUUAGCAGAGGGAUAUUUUGGAGGCAUCAUCACAAUUUGGAAUAAAAACAUUGGGUUGGUUACCCCUCUGGUAAGAUCCUGGUAUGCUUUGCACUUGGUCGUUACGUCAAUUAGGUCCCAAAUUUGGGUUUUCUCGACAAUAUACAACUCCAAUGCCAUUCAUAAUCAACGUCUUCUUUGGAACGAGCUUUCUGGUAUGAAUUCCUUAAACUUACCCUGGAUUAUCAUGGGUGACUUUAACGCGGUUGUUUUCCUGGAUGAACAUCGUGGUGGUUCUCACUACUAUUAUAGUAGAAAGGCCUCGGUUUUUGCUGAGUUUAUUGCUACUAAUAACUUGCUAGAUGUCAAUUAUGUAAGUUCUCCUUACACUUGGUGCAAUAAUCAGCAGGGAUUAGCUAGACGGUGGGCUCAUUUGGACCGCUGCCUGGUAAAUCCGCUGUAGUCUAAUAGCUUUGAUGCUUGCAUUAUUCAACAUCUUCCUAGGUUUCUUUCUGAUCACUCGCCCCUUCUUCUGAUUAUUAUUCCUUGUGAUGUUAGUAAAAAUAAAAUAUUUCGCUUUGAGAAUUUUUGGAUGGAACAUUUGGGCUGUCAUAAAGCGGUUAGAAAGGCUUGGAAUUUUUCUCCACAUUCUAACCCCAGAAGAUGAGAAACUGUCUGCCAAUAUUUAAAAUAAAAUAUUGGCAGACAGUUUCUCAUCUUCUUUCUUGAACCAGAUACAUGCUGUCAGAUUGGAAAAAUAAAGGUAUUCAUCCAAUCGAAGAAGGUAUUGAGAAACUGGAGAAAUCCAUUGUUGAAGCAGAAGGUCUUUGGAAUGAUCUAGACAACAGGCAGGUUUAAGAGAUUCUUUCUGUUCUUCCGGAUGAGCUACUGAAAAUAUUAAUCAGCGAGGGUGAGGAUCUUAUCAGGGAAGUGACAAAGAAGGAAGUGUUCGAUGCGCUCUACUAGCUACCCACUGGGAAAAGCCCAGGUCCUGAUGGAUUCAAUGUUGAAUUCUAUCGCUUCAACUGGUCUGAGAUAGGAGAUUCCCUCUUCUCAGCCAUCAGGUAUUUUUUCAAUCACUCGAUUAUGCCAAAUAAUUGGGAUAAGACAUUUAUAGCUUUGAUUCCAAAAAAACCCAACCCUAAAAUUGCUGCUGACUAUCGUCCUAUUUCCCUGUAUAAUGUCUGUUACAAGAUUACUUCCAAAAUCCUUGCUUAUCGUUUGAAAGGGAUCCUCCCUAACUUGAUUGGGAAAGAACAAUGUAGCUUUGUCAAUGGUAGAACUCCGUUUGAUAAUAUCAUCAUUCUCCAAGAAGUGGCUCACUCAAUUGACAAUGAUGUUUACCCCCCUAGGAUGUUGAUUAAGCUACAUAUUGCUAAGGCUUAUGACACGAUGAGUUGGUCUGCAAUUCUUGCUACACUUACCAAAAUGGGGUUCCCUGGUAGAUGGAUUAGUUGGAUUAAAAUGUGUAUUUGUAAUGUCUCUUAUGCUCUCUUGAUUAAUAAAACUAAUACUUCUUGGUUCUCUGCUAAUAGGGGUAUUAGGCAGGGAGAUCCUCUCUCUCCUUAUCUCUUUAUCUUUGUUGCUCAAAAUCUUACUACUAUGCUCAAUUAUGCCCUAAGGAUUAACGCUAUUCCUGGCUUCAAUUCCAAUCUCAACAGCAAUUUUAACCAUUUGAUGUACGCGGAUGAUAUCAUCCUUGUCUCGGAAGCUUCUAGAAAAUAUGCUAAAAAUAUUAAGAGAUGCCUUUCCUUUUAUGGUGAUUUGACUGGUCAGAGAGUCAACAAUUUGAAAUCAGAAGUCUUUUUCUGUAGUCGUUUUAAUAAACACCUCUCCCACAGAAUCUCCAAAAUUCUUAACUAUAAGAUUGGUUCUUUCUCUUUACAUACUUGGGUAUUUUAAUCUCCCCUAAGAGAUUGGCACUCUCUUGUUUUUCCUCUAUGGUUGACAAGAUUGAGAAGUCAGUCGCUUUUUGGCGGAAAUCUAAAAUUUCUCCUACAGGGAAAACCAUUCUCAUAAACUCUUCCAUUAUGAUUGCCCCAUUGUAUUACCUGUCGGUCUAUCCUGUCCCUAAAUCUAUUCUUGAUCGGAUCAACAAGGCUGCCAGGGUCCUCUUUUGGUCUAAUGAUAGCAAUAGAAAGGGCAUCAACUCAGUCGGUUGGAAUGAAAUUAUGCUUGAUCAAUCUGAGGGGGGUUUGUCAAUUCGGAAUCUUGGUCUCUCUAAAAUUGCUCUUAUGGAAACGAAUGUUUUGAGCUCGGCUUAAUAAAAAUAAAGUCUGGUGGGUAGCUAUUAUGGAGCAAAAAUAUGGCAAAUUUGAUAUCUGGAGAAGAAAUAUCCCAAUGAAAUGCUCUUGGGUCUACAGAGGUAUGUAUAGCACUGCUUUAAUUAUCAGACCUUUUCUCUGGAUGAAUUCUUUCAAUCCGGGUAUGACUUCUUCCUUAAUGAUCCUUGGUAUUUUGAGAUAUCUUUAGCCCUAAACCUUAAAUAUGAAUAUUGAUCAUGAUAACGUUCAAAUCUUUGAAUUACUUUGUUGAUAUUCACUGGAACAUAUCUUGUAUGCAUCUUAUGUUUGGCUUGUUUCUUAAUGACAUUGUCCUUAGCCAAAGUAAAAUUGGGCCCGAUUAGGGUAAUAAUUGGGUUUGGUUACCUAUAUCUAAAGGUUUUAAAUUGUCAUCAAUGGUUUACUCGUAUUUGAAUCAUGAAAAGGGUAAUGACAAUUUUUGGGAUGGCUGGAAGAAUUUAUGGCAGCUCAACGUUGCUCCUAAGGUAAAGCACUUCAUAUGGUUAUUGUUUCAUGAUGCUGUUAAAACCAAUGAUUAUCUCUAUCGCCUGAAUUUAGGCCCUCAAACACUUUGUACAUUUUGCAACUUGAAUACUGAAACUGUGGAGCACUUGUUUCUUAACUGCUAUAAAACCCAAGAGAUUUGGAACAUUACUUGCUCUACGGUUAGUAAGCCAAUCAAUCUCUCUGAUGGGAUUUCUUCAAAGCUGUGGUUGAAACAAGAGUUGACUGGUAAUGGUCGUUUUAUCCAGUCGAUUAUAGCUUCAACUGUGUGGUUUAUUUGGAAAGCUCGAUGCAACAAAAUCUUUAAUAAUGUUCAGCUGGACAGUUAUAAGGUUUCUUGUUGGGCCACUGGGCAUGUCAGGGAGUUUUCUUAUGCCCCUUCUCCACAUUCGGGGAGGAACUUUAUCUUGAACAAUUAUACAUUUGCUGAUAGUCCAAUAUUGCUAACUGCUACUGCAUUCAAUGCAAAUAAUUCCAUGGAUGGGCUAGGGUUUAUAGCCUCUGAUUACAAUGCUAACAUGUUAAGAUCUGGCUGUUGUUGGUGCCCUGCGAACUCUUAUUUGGAGGCAGCAACCAAGGCCAUAUGUUUUUCUCUUCAGGAUGUGAUCAUCAUGGGACUGCACAUCAAGUCUAUUCUUUCUCCUUGUGCUGAUCUAGUCAACGCUGUGAAGACGGAUUGCUGCUUGGACAUAUGGAGACUUCAUCCGCAGAUCAUAAUCAUAAAGGACUGUUUACUGAGGCGGCUAAUCCUAAACUGGAUGUCAAUCCGAUGAACUGGAACAGGGCCACUCUUUCUUUAGCUACUCAUGGCCUUAACCAUCAUGAAAUUUCCCUGUUCCACUUUGGUAGGGAGUUUCUCAAAUGGUUGAUGAAGACCUUUAGAGUUAGUGGUUUUGUUUGUUAAUUUAUUUUGUUGCCUUUUUAUUUAUUAUGUUGCUCUGGUUUUUUGUUAGUUGUUUGUUUUGUUUGCUCUGUUGUACUCUAAACUCUAUUGUAACUUGUUUUUUAUUUUAAUAAAAUAGCUCUCUGAGCUC